UCAGGAGGGCGGAAAUGCGUUGAGGCAACAUGGCAGAAAUGUGAUUUUUAAAGCAGAGAAGAAAAUAUCAGCAGAAAUCACCAGAAUGCUGCAUUUAACGUCAAGAUUUAAAUAAAGCAAACCAGAACCGUGUGUUGGCGUAUUAUUUUACGUCUCAUCGGCUCCUGAAAUGUCCAAAGCUGCGGUGUUUUCCCUCCAUCAGGUGUUGAGGAGAAGCUUCGUGAACCUAGAGAACAGUCAGAAGGUCUGGAUCAGGGUGCUGGAGGACUGUAACCCCCUCAUGGAGUCUCUGGGGAACCUGGCCGAGCAGUCAGCAGCUCUGUCCGGCCUCCAGAUCUCCAACACGCCGCUCAGAGACUUUCCAGACCUGGAGGAGAGACUGAGGUUCAAACUGUGUCUGGAAACGGAUUCAGUCCUGAGGAAACUCCACGACAACAUGUCUUCCCUCCAGGCAGUCAGAGACUCGGUCAGUAAUCAUCUGUCUUCGAUCCAGCAGCAGUUUGAUCAGAUCUCAGAGGGUCUGGAUCUGCUGGAUUUAACGGAGCGCUCGGCCUCGAUGCCGUCCGUCUGUGAUAUGAUGGAGUGGCUUCAGGAUGCAGAGCGACUCUAUCGGCUGCAAUUCCUGAGGAGGAAAACUCUGCUUCAGACGCUGAGAGUUGACGACUUCUCUCUGCUGGAAUCUGCUCCUCAGAGGUGGAAGUCUGUGGAGUGUGAGAGCAACGAGGAUCGGAUCACCGAUUCAUUGUUUCUGUUUUCAGAAACACUCUGCAGAGUUUCUUUCUUCAUGGAGUCGCAGUGAAGGAAACUCAUCUGUGGAUCUAAAAACAAACCCAAGAACUGAUGAGACUCAGAGGGACACUCAGAUAUCAGAGAGGACAUGAACCAAGACUGGAUAGUCAGUAGAACCGCCUCACAUCUGUUCUAGGACUGGAUCAUCAGUAGAACCGCCUCACAUCUGUUCUAGGACUGGAUCAUCAGUAGAACCGCCUCACAUCUGUUCUAGGACUGGAUCAUCAGUAGAACUGGACUACAGAGGACAUGAAGGAUCAUCUCAGACUUGAACUUCCAGUAAAAACGCAGUAUUUUGAUGUGUUUUCCAGCCUGUGAUGUUAGAUCGACCUAGAAUAAACACAGAAAACAGAA